UUUACUUUCGUUUUUUGGAAACAGGCCGUAUUGAGCUGUGGCUAUCAAUCACGGUUUUAGGUUGUGUUGUGUGGCGAGCUAAAAGCUAGAGUGAAAAAAUGAAUAAAUCUGAACAAAAUAAAAGAUUUAAAGAUCCUCAUGCCCGAGCGCCGGUUAAGUUGACCCAAGAGGAAAUUCAGGUUUUAAAAGAAUGCAGAGUCAACAGUUUAUAUUACCGAGGUAUUCCAGCAGGUAUAUUUUCCGUCAUUGUUGCCAGAGGUGCAGUAAAAAGUGGUUACUUUCCCAGACUUCAACGAUGGUCGGGGGCGUUUUAUGCAGGCAUGUUUGGUUUAGGCAUGUUUUCAGGAGUGGCAUCUUACAGAGAUGAAUGUUUUCGAAAGAUUAUGAGUUUGGAGAAUUCGGUACUUGCCGAACAGUUUCGAAAUUUUCAGAGGGAGUAUGAUUUACAUGGUUUACCUGUCAAUCAGUCUCCAAAAUCAGAAUUUACCGAAGCUAGUCAACACAGCGAGAUAAGUGAUACAACAUCUACAAGCGACGUCGAUUCUCUUCUAAUGAAACGAAUGCAAGACCAAGGUAAAUGGGCUGAAUUGCGACAAGCCUCAAGGCAGUCUCACAUUCCAACAAAAUCAAGUGAGAAAGGUUUAUCUUAUGAGGAACUGCGGCUGCGAAAUCGUUCAAAACGACAAGGAGAGACAGAGAACCAUGUGUUAGAUAAGACUCGAGCGAUGGAUUUUGAAAGCUUUACGUCGUCAAAUUUCAACGACAAUAAAUCAGCACUGGACUUUUCCAAAGAUGACGAAAUAAAAACAUCUCUCUUUACGCCAGAUACGAACUCGAGUUACGAAAAUAAAAAACCUCCUGUUGAUAGCAAGCAACGUAAAACAUACGCGCAAGCCACAAGAAGAAAAAAUGCAUACGGGGAUGAAAUUGAAUGAAUAUUGGAAAAUGCUCGACGCAAUUUUUGUCGUCAUCAAGGAUGUCGAAGUACCUCAGAAUGACGUCACUCAGAAUAUUUCACCUGAUCGAAAAAUAUGAAUACAUAGCAGUGAUAUAUACAUAUUUAUGUAAAUUAUAUUAUAAAAAAACUAUCUGAGAUUUGUGCAGGAAUGCAUCAGGAA